CAUAUUUGAAUAAAAUUGUUUGUGAUGGCUUUAGUUAUAUUUGUGAGUUAUUUAAUUUUAAUUAUUUGUGUUCUUGUGGGUGUUGCAUUUGUUACUUUGUUAGAACGUAAAAUUUUAGGGUAUAUUCAAAUUCGUAAAGGACCAAAUAAAGUUGGCUUUAUUGGACUGCUACAACCCUUUGCGGAUGCUGUGAAGUUAUUUACUAAAGAGCAAACGGUACCUGUAAAAUCUAAUUUUCUUCCAUACUAUGCUUCACCUGUUUUUAGUUUGUUUACUGCAUUGAUUGUAUGGUUAGUAAUUCCUUAUGAAAUUGGAAUAAUAAAUUUAAAUAUAGGAGUACUUUUUUUCUUGUGUUGUUUAAGAUUAGGUGUUUAUUCAACUAUAAGAGCUGGUUGGGCUUCUAAUUGUAAAUAUUCUUUGUUAGGUAGGCUCCGGGCUGUUGCUCAGACUAUUUCUUAUGAAGUUAGUCUUGCUUUAAUUUUGCUUUCUUUUAUUUUUUUAGUGGGAGGUUUUAGUUUAGAACUUUUUAAUUUAUACCAAGAAAGUGUGUGAUUUUUGUGGGUCACAUUUCCGUUAGCUUUAAUUUGGUUUGCUUCUUGUUUAGCUGAGACAAACCGAACUCCUUUUGAUUUUGCGGAAGGCGAAUCUGAGCUAGUGUCUGGGUUUAACACCGAGUACAGAAGAGGUGGUUUUGCUUUAAUUUUCAUAGCUGAGUACGCUAGAAUUUUGUUUAUAAGAGCGCUGUUCGCAUUAUUAUUUUUAGGUGGUGGUCCUUCUAGUCCCCUUUUUUAUGCAAAGCUGGUAGGAGUAAGAUUCGCAUUUAUUUGAGUUCGAGGAACUCUUCCUCGUCUUCGUUACGAUAAGUUAAUAGGAUUAGCUUGAAAAAGAUUUUUACCAGUUUCUCUUAAUUAUUUAAUUUUUUUCAUGGGGAUAAAAAUACUAUGUUAUUGUUCUAUAAUUUAGUUUAUAACUAAUUUAGUAUAUUGAAAAUGUUAUGAUAGUUAAGACGUUUUAGUGUCCUUAUUGAUGUUUUCAAAACAUCUGUUUUAAAUAAACUAAACUAUCAAUCAAGCAGUUUAUCUCACAAUAAAAGUGAAAGAGGAUUGACAAUGUAGUAAAGGAAAUACACUACUGUUAGAAUUUGCCCUGUAAUAACAAAAGGAUCCUCAACAGGUCGAGCUCCAAUUCAGGUUAGAAGAAUAACAAUUGCAAUUAAAGAUCAAAAUAAAAUUUGAUUUAAAGGAUAAAAAGUUAAUCUUCGAAAUUUAGAAGUAUGGGUAAAAGGUAAAAUUAUUAAAAUUGCGAUUGAUAUAGCCAGGGCGAUUACUCCUCCUAAUUUGUUUGGAAUUGAUCGCAAGAUAGCAUAUGCAAAUAAAAAGUAUCAUUCAGGUUGAAUAUGUGCUGGUGUAACUAGUGGAUUAGCCGGGACAAAGUUGUCAGGGUCUCCAAGAAGGUAGGGAUUUAGAAGAGUCAAUAAAAUUAAUGCGGUUAGUAUAACUAUAAAUCCAACAACAUCUUUAAAAGUGAAAUAAGGAUGGAAUGGAACUUUAUCAAUAUGUCUUGCAAUUCCAAGUGGGUUGUUAGCUCCAGUUUGAUGAAUAAAUAAGAUAUGGAUAAGAGUCGCUGCUGCUACUAAAAAUGGUAAUAAAAAAUGAAUUGUAAAAAAUCGAGUUAGCGUUGCAUUAUCAACUGCAAAUCCACCUCAAAUUCAUUGUACAAGUUCAGUCCCAAUAUAAGGGAUAGCAGAAAAAAGAUUAGUAAUAACUGUUGCACCCCAGAAUGAUAUUUGACCCCAAGGUAAAACAUAACCUAGAAAAGCUGUUGCUAUAACUAUGAAUAAAAUAACAACACCUACUAUUCAAGCAUGAAAAAAUAAGUAGGAUCCAUAAUACAUACCACGUCCAAUAUGUAAGUAAAGGCAAAUAAAGAAAAAGGAAGCUCCAUUAGCAUGGAGUGUUCGAAGAAGUCACCCGUAAUUUACAUCUCGACAAAUAUGGGCAACACUUGAGCAAGCUAAAUCAAUAUGAGCAGUAUAGUGUAUAGCAAGAAAAAGACCAGUAACAAUUUGGACAACUAAGCAUAAGCCUAAUAAAGAUCCAAAAUUUCAGAAUGUUGAAAUAUUUCUUGGAAUAGGUAUAUCUACUAAAGCUCCGUUAGCAAUUUUAAAAAGGGGAUGGCUUUUGCGAAUAGGUGUCGUCAUUAAUAGGAUAGUCGAAGUGGUCUUGAAUAAAGAUUAACAAUUUUUACAAUAACGAUAAGAGUCAAUAGGAGAUAAAGGACUAUAAAUAAAGUAAAAGAUAUUGUUGGAGGUCUAUAAAUAGUUCUUACUAGAGUAGAAGUAGUAUCAAGUGAAAAUAUAUCUGAAGAAAUCGCUGAUCUAAUAAUAGAAAUAUCGGGAGUAAUAUAAAGAGGGUCUUUUAGUAUUAUAAAAAUUGUCAAAAAUAAAGAAAAUCUUGAAAUAACUAUUAGAGCUGUAGCUGAAAAUUUGAAUGGUUCGUUAGAAGCAAGUGAGGCAACAUAAAUAAAUAACACUAGUAUAGCUCCUAAAAAAAUAAGAAAAAGAAUGUAUGAAAAUCAAAAAGAGUUGUUGUUCAACCCUGCAGCAAGCGAAAUCAUAACAGUUUGUAUCAAUAAUGUGAGACCUAUAGAUAAAGGAUGAAUAAGACGUGUAAAAAGUAAUGAAGUUACAAAAAUAAGAGGAAGAAUAAAAAAUAAGAUUUCAGAGAGUAGUUUAAUAAAAUAUUAGUUUUGGGAAUUAAAGAUAAAAGUUUACUUUUUUCUCUGAAGUUUUAAGAAAAUAAAUUUCAUUUUUGGUUUACAAGACCAAAGUUUUGGUUUAAACUAUUAAAACUAAUGUCAAUUCUUAGAUUAAUAUUUAUUUUUGUUCCUCUUGUCGUUGUUUUCUGUGGGUUAUGAAAUUUUGUUUCUAACCGAAAACAUUUACUUAGUCCUUCUAAGUUUAGAAUUUAUUAUAUUAGGCAUUUUUUGAGUCAUAGUAAUUUGUUUAGCUAAAGUAGGAAUCGAAGCUUAUUUUACUUUAUUUUUUUUAACUAUAGCAGCUUGUGAGGGUGCUUUGGGUCUUUCUUUAUUGAUUUCUAUUGUGCGGACUCACGGUAAUGAUUGUUUCAGAAGUUUUAGAACAUUACAAUGUUAAAGUUCAUUUUUAUAAAUAUUUUAUUGAUUGCGUUUGUUAAAGAGUGGUGGUUUAUUCAAAUUUCUUUGUUUUUAAUGUGUUUUAUUUUUAGGUGUUUUAUGGGACAUGACUUUUCUGUUUCGGGGUUGGGAUUAAGAUUAGGUUCUGAUCAUUUAGGUUUUAUUUUAAUUAUAUUAAGAAUAUGAAUUAUGGCACUAGUCAUUUGUGCAAGUCAAAGAAUUAAAAAAACAAAUAACUCUCCUAGAGGGUUUUUAGUUGUAAAUUUACUAUUGCUGUUAGCAUUGCUUUUAACGUUUAGAGCAACAGAUUAUCUCUUGUUUUAUAUUAGAUUUGAAAGAUCUUUAAUUCCUACUUUAAUUUUAAUUUUAGGCUGGGGUUAUCAACCUGAGCGAAUUCAGGCUGGAGUUUAUAUGUUAUUUUAUACAUUGUUUGCUUCUUUGCCUUUGCUUGUUUCUCUAUUAAGAUUUUAUAGAUUGGGUGGUAGUCUAACGAUAGGUUUAGUACCAUGCGCUGAAAGAUCUAAUUUUAUUACUUUUAUGUGGUAUUUUUGUACAAUUUUUGCUUUUGUAGUAAAACUUCCUAUAUAUCUAGUUCAUUUAUGACUUCCUAAGGCUCAUGUUGAAGCUCCUGUAGCUGGAUCUAUAAUUUUGGCUGGUGUUUUAUUAAAAUUAGGUGGUUAUGGUUUGAUUCGAGUUCUCUUUUUAUUUCCUGAAGUAAAUAAAAUAUUUUCUUGAUUUUGAGUUAGUGUUAGAAUUUUAGGUGGGGUAAUUGUAAGAUUUAUAUGUUUACGUCAAGUAGAUAUUAAGUCAUUGAUUGCUUAUUCUUCAGUAGCCCAUAUAGGCUUGGUAUUGAGAGGACUAGUGGUUUUUGGUUGAUGGGGUCAAACAGGAGCUGUAGUAAUUAUGGUGGGGCAUGGAUUAUGUUCGUCUGGACUUUUUUGUCUUGCUAACAUAGUUUACGAGCGUUUAGGAAGUCGAAGAUUAUUAGUGAAUAAAGGUUUAUUGAAUUUUAUACCUAGUUUGGGAUUGUGGUGAUUUUUAUUAAGAAUUGGUAAUAUAGCAGCUCCCCCUACAAUUAACUUAUUAGGAGAAAUUAGACUAAUUUUAAGUGUAGUAAGGUGAAGAAAGCUUAGCAUGUUUGGGAUUGGUUUAUUGUCUUUUUUUAGAGCUGCGUACACUUUAUAUAUAUAUUCGAUAAGACAGCAUGGGUUGUUUUUUAAUUCAUUGUUUUCUUGUUGUUCGGGAAAAGUUUCUGGAUACUUAGUUUUAAUAUUACAUUGAUUGCCUUUAAAUGUUCUUAUUGUAAAAACGGCUAUAAUUUUACCAAGAUUUUAGUUUAAAUAGUUUAAUAAAAACGUUGGUUUGUGGUGCCGAAAUUAUAAGUUAUUUAUUUUAAACCGUGAUUUGAUAUAUUACUAUACAUUUAACUAGAUUGGUAUUUUUAUGUAGAAGAGCUUUUAGUUGUAUUUUGUUAUCUCAUAUAAGUUUAUAUUAUAACAGUGUGACAAUAAUUGAAUGGGAAAUUAUAACUUUAAACUCUUCUUCAGUCGUAAUGACUUUAAUUUUUGAUUGAAUUUCUUUCAUAUUUUUAGGAUUUGUACUUUUUAUCUCUUCAAUAGUGUUAUUUUACAGAGGUGAUUAUAUAGAAGGAGACAAAAGAUUUAAUCGCUUCAUAUAUUUAGUUCUUGCUUUUGUAUUGUCUAUAGGUGCUUUAAUUGUAAGGCCAAAUAUAAUUAGAAUUUUGUUAGGUUGGGACGGGCUAGGUUUAGUAUCAUACGCAUUAGUUAUUUUUUACCAAAAUGAAAAAUCUGCAAAUGCAGGAAUACUAACAGUUUUGUCUAACCGGGUUGGUGACGUUGCUAUUCUUCUUAGAAUCUCUUUAAUAUUUAUAGCAGGGGGUUGAAAUUUUAUUUUAUAUAGAAGGUACAUAAGGGAUUCUAAUUUGUUAUUAAUAAAAUGUUUAGUUGUCAUAGCAGCUAUAACAAAAAGGGCACAAAUCCCCUUUUCUGCUUAGCUCCCAGCUGCCAUGGCAGCUCCUACUCCAGUGUCUGCACUAGUUCAUUCUUCUACUCUAGUUACGGCAGGUGUUUACUUAUUAAUUCGUUUUAGUCCAGCUUUAAUAGGAUCAGAAGCUCAAUCUGUUUUAUUAAUUAUUUCUUGUCUGACAAUAUUUAUAGCAGGAUUAGGGGCUAAUUUCGAGUAUGAUUUAAAAAAGAUUAUUGCUUUAUCAACAUUAAGCCAACUUGGUGUAAUACUAAGGAUUUUAGCUCUUGGUUUUGCUGACUUAGCUUUUUUCCAUUUAUUAGCUCAUGCUUUAUUCAAGGCACUCUUAUUUAUAUGUGCUGGAGUAGUCAUUCAUGCUGUAAAAGAAUACCAAGAUAUCCGUUGUAUAGGAAGAUUAGUUUUUAGAAUACCUUUAACUAGAACCUGUAUAAAUUUGGCUAAUUUAGCUUUAUGUGGAAUACCAUUUUUGGCAGGAUUUUAUUCUAAAGAUUUAAUUUUAGAAGUGGCUUUUAUAAGAAAUAUUAAUUUAUUAGCUUUCGUUUUAUAUGCUUUGGCUACAGGAUUAACUGUUUGUUAUAGAUUUCGUUUAGUUUAUUAUAGUUUGACGGGUCUAUUUAAUUUAAGGAGGAUGAGUCAAGUUAACGAUAAAAGUGUUGUUAUAACUAGAUCAAUGAUAAGAUUGAGGAUUGGCGGUGUCACGGGUGGAGCUUUUUUGUCUUGAGUGAUCUUCCCUGAAUCAUAUAUAAUUUGUUUAACUUUCACGUUUAAAGUGUUGGCUUUAGCAUUAAGAGUGUUAGGGGCUUUAAUUGGUUAUCUUUUAAAUAUUAUAAGUGUAAACUAUAGGUUACGUAGAUUAAAAAGUUAUAGUAAAGUUGUGUUUAUAGGGUCUAUGUGGUUUAUACCUUUUUUAUCUACAUUUAAUUUGAGCUACGUUAGGUUAAAAACUGCAGGCGCAUGUAUGAAGGUUGGUGAUUAUGGAUGAUCCGAACAUUUUGGGGGUCAAGGUUUGUAUUCUAAUGUUAUACAUCAAUCAGGGUACCUUCAAGUUUCUCAAAGUAGAAGUGUAAGAAUUUAUAUAAAAAGGUUUUUAUUUUGAGUAAUUGUUGUAUUUUUUAUCAUAAUUUA